AUUUGAUAAACAAUUUAUUUGUUUGUAUUGUUUUACUAAUUAGUCUUUGAUUUGGUUUACAAUAAUAGCCACUGAUUUGAAUCUUGUCGACCAAAUACUGGAUCUAUUAGUUAGUGAUAACUGAAGAGCACGUGAUAUAAACACCACAAUUGUUUGGAUACCUAAGAGACGAUAUGAGCGGUAAAAACGGGUCGAAAAUGUCGGCCCAACAGAAGUCUCAGUUGAUCUCAGAGUUGGCCGCUUCGGGCGAAGACCGCAAACUAAUCAAACUGUUCGCCGAACACAUCGCGACCACAACGAGCCUCAACUCUAUGACAUCGAUGACACUUCAGGAAGCGCUGCAAAUGGGAUCAGACAAUGAGAAUGACUCCUCUGACGAGUACGACGACGACGACGAGGAGGAAGAGGUCGACGGUGUGUCCGAUGCGGACGACGAGGACAACGAUGACGACGAUUACGAUGAAGAGGAGGACGAAGAGUCCGACGACGAAGAGGUGACAGACGGCCAACACAUGUGCGCCGACUGUAAGUGCGCGGCGAAGAAGCAAACGGUGCCAAACGGCGUCGCGUCGACAGCAGCGGCGGCCGCGACCGCAGCUCAACACUCGGCCAAGAAGUCAAAGAGUGGGGCGAAGAAGUCGAAGAAUAAGGGAUCCGUUGACGCGAACGACGAGAACACCAAACGUUUUGUCGAGCGUCUCGGCCGAGAGGACAGCCAAUCGUGCGGUUGCGACGACUGCGUGAAGUACGCCAGCGAUCGCCAGACGGCCGACGAUAUGGCCGUUAAACUCGUGGCCGACGAGGAGAAGAAGAAGAAGAAAUCGGAGAAAAAGAAAUUACAGAAAAAGAAAAAACGCGACAAAAAGAAG